AUGAGUACACAAGAAACAGGUGGAGGCCUUUCAAAGUGGCAGAUCGCGGCCCUUAUCGGUGCGCCCAUUGCCGCAGCGUGCGUUUUAGGUGCCCUAUACUAUUGGAGGUCCUCACAGAGCUCAGAGCAAAAAGAUCCAGAAAAAGGAGAAGAAGUUGACACAACCACAAGUACAAGCGGUGUGCCUAAAAAUGAAGCUCCUGAGAGCGAGGAAAAUAUGUCUCCAGCAGAAAGAGCUCAGGCUAUCAAACUGAGAGGUAACAAGUACUUUAAAGGUGGAAAAUUUGAGCAGGCAAUUAAAUGUUAUACAGAGGCAAUUGAUCUGUGUCCUCAAGACAGCAAGGCUGAGCUGGCAACUUACUACCAGAACAGAGCAGCAGCAUAUGAACAACAGAAAAACUAUGAACAAGUACUUGCAGAUGCUACCAAAGCCAUAGAACUCAAUAAGAAGUAUUCCAAAGCAUUCAUGAAGAGAGCAAGAGCUUAUGAAAAACUGAACAGAAAGGAGGAGUGUCUUCAAGAUCUUACAGCAGUGUGCAUGAUUGAAGGGUUUAAUAAUCCAAACUGGAUGAUGCAGGCAGAUAGAGUGUUGAAAGAAAUUGGUAAAGAGAAAGCUCAAGAGUAUUACAAGAACAGAGAACUAAGUUUACCAUCUUCAACAUACACUAAAGCUUACCUGGAAUCUUUCUGCAAUGAUGACACAGUGGUUGUUGAUUCUCUGGAAGAUGUACCUGAGGACUCACCAUUUCUUGAGGCUGUUAAACAAAUGAAAGAAAAGAAAUAUGAAAACAUUGUUGACUUAUGUACUCAGCAAAUCGAGAAAGGAAUUGGACCACUUUACAUAAAGGCUUUGGCACUAAGAGGAACUUUGUACACCCUGAUAUCAAAAGUAGAUGAAGCAAUCCAUGAUUUGUCACAAGUGAUAAAUGCAGAUGACAAAACUAUCUCAACUAAGCUAAAAGUUAAUUGUCUGAUCAAGAGGGGAAGCAUGCAGCUACAAGCCAGUAAUGUAAUGGAAUGUUACCAAGAUUUUACCAAGGCAGUAUCAAUUGAUCCAGAUAAUUCCGAUAUUUAUCAUCACAGAGGCCAGAUCUACUUCCUAUCAGAGAAACUAGACGAAGCAAAGGAAGAUUUUGAGAAGUGCAUAUCCUUAAACGACUCCUUCAUCCCGGCAAAGAUACAGCUCGCUUACUGUAUUUACAAGUCCGCUGCUCUCCAGCAAUCUCCUAUCUUAGCGCACGGAGCUCUGGAUAUGUUGCAGAAAACUGUGGAGACUUAUCCAGAAUCAGCGGAUGCGCACAGUCUCUAUGCGCAGGUGCUUCAAGACAUGCAGCAGUUUCCCAAAGCAGAGGAACACUUUGACACUGCCAUUGAGCUAGAGCCACAAAAUCCAGUUCACCGUGUUUACAAAGGCAUGUUGAUGUUGCAGUCUCGCCAAGACGUGGAAAAAGCCGUGGAGUUAGUUACUGAAGCUCUAGAAAUUGAUAAAAAAUGUGAUUUUGCGUAUGAAACACUGGCCACGCUGGAAGUUCAAAGGGGAAACUUGGACAGAGCAAUCGACCUGUUUAACAAAGCGAUCGCUCUGGUCAGGACAGAAGCCGAGUUGGCACAGACAUUUUCCCUCAGAGAAGCUGCUAAAGCACAGAAAUACGUCACAGAAACACUGGGACUUACGCCACCUACUCUGCCUUUCUCGACUUAGGAACUCGUUUUGAACUGCACAACACACCAAUUAAGCCUGAAUUUAUCUCCACUUUAGUGGUUGUUUGGUCGGCCAUGCAGCGUACAAUGUACUACCCACCCCACGGGAGAGAGUGUGAUGUUUGACGAGACCAAACACCAACUGAGGAAAUUGAAUACAAAUCGAUGCCAAGCAACAAGAUGAAUAUUGUCGAUUUUCCUUUCGCGUGGAGGAAGUGAAAAUAGAAAAACUCCUUAGGGACAAAAUGAUUUUAAAGUAAGGGUGGCAUGUAGAGUUCCCAGGUGAAGAGGGGAGGGGGGGAGUUUCGAAAGAAACUGUGGUGCUGAGGGAACAUAACAAAAAAGAUUUGUUUUUAUCAACUGAGUUGACGUUGACUUGGCCACCCUUAAGAGUUUCUAAAGCUGACGUUUCGAGCAACAAGGUGCAAAGAAACGUCAGCUAUGGAAACUCUCAAAUGUAGCCAAUUUAUGUUAUCAAGUUAGUUAAUUAAAACCAAAUUAUCGAGUUCUAA